UGUGUCUCUGUGUGUUUGUCGGGGGGCGUGUCGCAUGGCGCGGACGUGCAGCGGCUUUUCCUCUUUAAAAUGGCUGAAAAAUAAACCGAAAAUCCUCGGAAUAAAGAAACGGAAAGCAGCAGGAAGCGUUCCCGCCAGCAGGUGUGGUCGUGUUGCAUCAUCCGGGUUCUAGCGGGAAACUUUUGGAUGAACUGCAGCAGGCGUGUGCAGCUGCUGACUCCGCCCCACGUCAUGCCCGUGGACGUGGCCGUGAGGAUCUGCCUGGCCAGCUCUCCUCCGCUGCGCUCCUUCCUCGGUAACUAUGACAACGGCUUCUCUCCGGCGCCUGCCAGUCUGCCGAAGCGCUGCGAGCUGCAGCGACCGUGUCUCUCCUCCGAUGGCAACGCCGUCCCCAAGGCAACCGGCAACUGCACGCCGUCCGUGUCCACGGAGUGCAGCGACGGCCUGGCCUGGCUGCAGAGGAAGAAGAAGAAGAAGAAGAAGAAGAAGAGCGUGGUGUUUGCAGACGAUCGGGGUCUGGCGCUCGCCGCCGUUCACGUGUUUAACGAGGCGGAGGACGAGGCCAUCGCAGAGCUGCAGUUCACCCUGACGGAGAUAGAGGGCGCCAUCGCCGGGCUGCACCGGGCAGACACCGACGACGCUGCAGCCUGUGGUCCAGGCCUGGUUCUGGUUCUGGACUUCGAGCCGCCAGCUGCAGACUACCUGGACCUGAGGAACCGGCUGCGGGCCCAGCGCGUCUGUCUGGAGACGUGUUCUGUCCACCAGCGUCUGCUCUCCGGCACCGUUCAGGUCCAGAACCUCUGCUUCCACAAGUCUGUCUCGGUCCGGAUCACCUUCGACUCGUGGCGGUCCUUCCAGGACGUUUCCUGUCGGUACCUGAACACGGCGUACGGCGGCCCGGACAUCGAAACCUUCGCCUUCUCCGUGCCGGUCCCGGAGGUCCUGGAUCCGUCCGACAGAGUGGAGUUCUGCAUUCAGUACCAGACUCAGGACCAAACGUUCUGGGACAAUAACCACGGGGAGAACUACCGGCUGGCGGACCCAAACGCCGGCCGGCCCCGGACCCCCGAGAGUCCUGCAGGGCUGCAGAUCCAGAGAGACCGCGGGGGAGAGAAGAGGGAGCAGGUUGUUGAGUGUGAUCCGUUUGGGAGUCCCCGGACAUCUGCAGGGAUCUUUCCUGAGUGGCAGAGCUGGGGUCGCGUGGAGACCAGCGCCCCCUACUGGUGAGGCACCACAGGACAGGUUUUAAUGUUGCAGUCACUGAGAGUCUGGUCCCAGGACGUACGAGACUCACAGGAUCCUCAUAGAGCACUGAAAGGCCACGUCAUUAUACCAGGUUAUCCAGGCACGUGUAUAGGAAACUACAGAUUUCAUGCUUCCACUUUAGCCACUUUAGCCACUUUAGCCGCGCUAACGUCAAGUUUUUUGAGUCUUCAGGACAGAAAUGUGUUAAUGUCCGGAUGGAGUGGAAGGACUCUGGAUUAGAGAUGUUCUGAUACCAUUUUGUCCUUCCUUAUAUGAUCCAAUACCUGAACUUGUGUAUCUGCUGAUACUGAGUGCCGAUCUGAUACCAGUGUGUUAAGAAAUACGUAUAUUUAUUAUGUUUUACUAGCUGUUACUACUAUCCUUAAAGUCUUUGUGAAACAUGGACAAACACACACAAUGAACGUCACAGGACUUUCUUUGUUAUGCAGUUUGACAGCAAGUCAUAACGGAAAAAGAACAUUAAUAAUCUUCUUUAAAGUAGUUUUUCUGGGCUGAAUUACGUGGUAUCAGAUCGGUGCGUAACCUCGAGUACUUGCAGAUACCCACACCAGCAUUUUAGGCAGAAUUGGAGGCUUUUUGCCAUACUGUUAUCAAUAUCUGAACAUCUCUAGUUUGGAGGAUCCACUAUAGAUUUCUAGCUUUCAGUUGAGCCCCUUUAGCUGCCCUGACAUGACGUAUUAACGUCUGGAUGGAAUGGAAGGACAGUUCAGACAGUUCAGGAAGUCAGAAUGACUCGGCACAACAGUGGACUAAAUAUUGCACGUGUUUAUUACUCGCCUCAAACUGAAUGAAUGAAGCACCAGAAUCUGCCAGAAACAUCACAUCUGAUCAGACCUGCAGCCCAACACACCAAAUCUCGCUGCCCUAAAAGCACCAGUUCAGGUUCACAUCUGGUCCUUGUUUGCCCGAACAAAUCUGUGCAUACCUGGCAUGGCCUCAUGGGAAAUAUUUAAAACGUAACAAAGGGAUUGGCUGUUAGAUAUUCACAAGGGAACCAGGGGUCCGUCGUUGUAAAAGCAUCCCAAAGAUUGGGUGACUCUCAGAAGGAUCCACCAGGGGACCUGUACUCAGAUUCAUAAGUGCUUUCUUAAAACCUCCAAAGAUCAUGAACGGUUCAAGCCAUUACAGGUGUUUCAGAAAGCGCCACAAGACUUCAUCUUUCACAAGCUUUUCUCAGAAGUUGUGAAUGCAUUAAUGAGUGCUUUGUGUGAAGCAUCCAAAGGAUGAAUUAAAGAUUGCAAGACGACCGAGUGCUGUCUUUGACAACUCAACAACACAAGGGAGGACUUGUGGGCGUUCCUGUCCAACGAUGGGACUUGUUCCAGACCUCAUUUCUUGUCCACCAUGACAGCUGAUCCAUGACUCUUAACAGAAGCCUUUCAGGCUGUUGAAGUCCUGAAACAGCUGUCAGAGAAGACCAGCAGACUUAUUAGGCUUGAAGUCCUAAAACACCAGCAUGAAACCUGGUUAAGGCUAGAAGGGAUACAGCUACGGCGACGACCGUAAAGUUUAGGCACAAAGAACUCGUUAAGUUCAGGAAAAAGAUGGCGGUUUGGGGUAAAACCCUCCUGAUGAACAAACAGGCUUUUCCUGGGUGAAAGUAUUACUAUUAUAUGAUGUUAGAUGUAACUUCUGGCCGUAGCUGUAUCCCUUCUAGCCACAACCAUGAACACUGUCCAGAACACUCUUACGGUGUUAAACCUCGAUGCCUUCAGGCUUAGUUCAUCUUUGAUUUAAUUCCACGAUC